GUUUCUCUGCAUUAAGUUCCCCCUCCUCUUUCUGCACCUCAGCAGGUUCACACUCUUCUCCGUGAGGGUGGCGGCGAUAGAGAGGUCACGUGAUGAGCAUCUUGCUGCCCAACAUGGCGGAGUUCGACACCAUCUCGGAACUGGAGGAGGAGGAGGAAGAAGAAGCGGCAACGUCGUCGUCGUCGCCGUCGUCGUCGUCGUCGGGAUCAGGGCCUGACGAUGACGAGGAAGAUGAGGAGGAGGAGGAAGAAGAAAACGAAGAGGAGGAGGAGGAAGAAGAGGAGCAGGUGGAGGAAACGCCGCCCCCGCCUCGGGUAGUGAGCGAAGAGCAUCUUCGGAGAUAUGCCCCCGACCCUGUAUUGGUGCGGGGCGCCGGCCACAUCACUGUGUUUGGCUUGAGCAACAAGUUUGAUACUGAAUUUCCCUCAGUUCUAACAGGGAAGGUGGCCCCAGAAGAAUUUAAGACCAGCAUUGGCCGUGUGAAUGCAUGUUUGAAAAAGGCUCUCCCAGUCAAUGUGAAAUGGUUGCUCUGUGGUUGUCUCUGCUGCUGUUGCACAUUGGGUUGCAGCCUGUGGCCUGUUAUUUGUCUCAACAAAAGAACCAGAAGAUCAAUUCAGAAGUUGUUAGAAUGGGAAAAUAACAGAUUGUAUCACAAGCUUGCUUUGCACUGGAAGUUGACUAAAAGGAAAUGUGAAACUAGCAAUAUGAUGGAGUAUCUUGAACUUUUGUCAUUUGGAACAUAGAGGUUUCCUUCCACAUUUUUAGGUAAUACUAAUAGAAUUCUUACCAAAAUAUCCCAUAUUCCGACCUGACUGAGGGAUUUUAUUCAGUCACUUCUGUUUUACCUGUCAUUUCCUACCCUUAGUGCCUUGUAGAUGAUUUUGGAAUGAAGAUGGUCUCCUUUGCUGUGUUCAUUUAUUCUUUAUAAUGGUAGAAUAUUCUCCUCACACUUUUCAUUUGUGUUGGUUUAAGAAGAAAUUUUGCACAUCCUUUAUGUUGUUGUUAAAUGAGGCUUGUAUUUUGCACUGUCAAUUUUUAAAUAAAUACACACACAUAUGUGUGUGUGUGUAUAUAUGUAUAUAUGUAUAUAUAUAUAUAUAUAUAGUUGCCACUAAAUAUAACAUCAGUGCAGGUGUUUAAAAAACAAAAACAUGUUCUGAGCAUGCUGCCUUAUAAUUUUCAUACUUACUGUUUCUAAAUAUGCAUCAUUUUUCUAGGCUAUUUAAUGCUCUGUAAUCCUUUACUGAACAUACAUAAAUAAGCUUUUGGUAGCUUUUAGAAACGGUUUUACUCUUACCUGCUUUUAAAGGACAUGCAAUUAAUAGCACUGGUUUUGUCCUGCACUUUGCUUAAUUAUCACUUAUGUUAGUGGAUAAAAUAUUUAAACUCCUAAAGACCUGUAAAUAUUGUUUCUUUGCAUAAAGUAAAAAAAUGUGAUAUGCCAUGGUUUACAGAAUGUACUGUUAUUCUUAAUGUAUUGCCAACAAUUCUGCAUAAAUUUUAAUGUGAAUGAAGUUUGCAAGCAUCCUUUUGAAUGUAUAGAUUGUUAACAUGCUGUGUUAUGGCAAAGCCAUAAUAAGUAUGUUAAAAAUUUCAGGUGUGGGCAGGAUGGCCCUUUGUAAUGAGAAGAUUAAAAUUUAAAUCAUUGUCUGAGACCUUCUGCAUUGCACCUGAAACUAAGAACCUUGUUUUUUCCAUUUAGUUCAGUACGUCCCAUUUUGUCCUCCACUUACAAAAGAAUUCAUUUGACAUCUGACACAUUUCACAGCCUCACUCUCCUCAUUUAUUUCCCUUUAUGUAUCCUUUUCUUCACUUGGAAAUACACAGGAUUAUGACCUUUAAGGGUUGUCUCAAGUUUCAGAUGUCUUAGGAAAUAUCUAGACCCCACCCCCAGGAAAGCCACUGCUAACCCGUUUCUGGAGUUAUGAUCCACUUUGAGAAAGAGAGAGAGCUAAUUGAAAAGCUCUACCUAAAGUGGCAGAUUCAUAAUUGAUUAAAUAUUCUUAAUCCUCAUUUUGGGGAUCUUUUGUAAAGGUAUGGAUGUUAUUAAUGAGGAAAGACAAGAAUUAAACAAAAAUAUUUUAGUUUCUAAAUUAGCCACACAUACAGCCUUUUCAUUGGUAUGUGCAUAUUUCUCUAUUUCUCUUCACAUCGGAAUAAGAGCAGACACUCGUAAUUCUUCUAGAAUUUGAGUUUUUAACUUAAUGAAAACUUUACAUUGCAUUAGUUCAACUGCAAAUUAUGCCUGUAUGCAGACACUAUUUGUAAUUUGUAGUGCUGAAAAUAAAAGUAUCUGAGACUGAAUAAUAUUUUAUUUAUUAUUUUAGUCUUAUUGCUAUUAGUUAGCUUUUUUAGGCAAAUAUUCAUCCCAGUGAAGAGAGCAAUCAUUUUUUUAUACAAGGCCUUUUAAAGCCACUUUUAAAAUUUAUGCCUAAUUUGAAAUCUGCAGUCCUGGACGAGUAAAAGAAAAGGGAAAAAAAGAGAUUUUUGAUAUGUGAUUAUAAUUGCAUGAACAACUUUUCCACCUCUCUCUGUAGAACCCUGUUACCCCCAUGCCACCCAGAAUCUCUAACUUUUAAUAUAUUGUGUGUGCCUGCAAAUAUCAUUUGUCUGUCUGCUGAAAAAUUGAAGGUGCAUUUUUAUAGACAAAGUGGAAACCUCUGAAAAUGUAUACCAAAUGUCUUGUUUUAUAGAUAAGUUCGGGGAAAAAUUGUAUCUGUGGUUUAUGUUCCAGCUAGUAUCAUCAGGUUUAUGUUUCAAUUUGUGACAGUUUAAUACCAAAAUUGAUUUCCAGCAUAAUACAAAAUUUCUAAUUAUCACUGAUAGAAUAAUUACUUUGAGUCAACCCUUAAAAUCUCAUUUUUUUCCUGUAAACUUAGAAUUUGGCCAUAUGAUGGUCAUAGUAACUUUUUCUGCCAUGUGUAGAUCACACUUGUUUUGCUCAGAGAACAGCAGGAAGUGGUGAAUUGUUUCUAUAAAACUAAUAUUGAGACAGGAAUAGAGUGCAUCUGGAGGUAACAGAGUAUAUAAUUCAAGUUACAGUAGUAUUUGUCAUAAAAAGCAUUUACCAGCAUGUGUAAACUUAAUUUUAAAACCUAUUCUAAUAACUCUUAAAUUUAUUAUCUUAUUAUUCAUUAAUCUGAUUGACUUAUUUUCUUGAACUACUCAGAAAAUACCCAAAUUUUUUUCUUUCUUCUAUGACUGCUUUUUCAAGCUCUUUUCCUUUGGAGGGGACUGAUUAGCAGUUGAGUAUUUUUGAGUCCUUCAAGAGAUUUGUUUUCUUUUCAGUGAUAUUGGCAGCAGUGCAUGCUGAAAUGACAGAGUACACUGUGGACAUUAAUUUCUCCCUCACUGACUUUUUUUCUUAUAUCCUCAGGAUAGAACACAUCAAGUUAAUGAAGUAUUUUUGUGCUAGUUGUUUUUAGAUUAAAGAAACAAAUUUGAGGGUUUUUUUGUUAUAUAAUAUUCAUUUAUGAAACCUGCUAUGGAUGUUUCCAGAGAAAAUAACAUGUAUCUACUGAAGUAUAUAAAUCUUACAAAGUUUUGAGGUUACAAGUUAAAACUGUUCCUUCUCUGACUUUCCAUUAUGCAUCUCUACCCCCAUAAAUUGUGUAUAAAAUGAAAUAAGCUUUAACAUUUUUCAGCUAUUCUUUGACUCUUUCUACCCUCUAUGUUAAUCUAGGAAGAAACCAUUGUAGUCAAAUGUUAGAAGUAGAUGGAGAAGUGCCUUGUCGUCUUUGAAUAAAGAUAACAUUUUAUGUUGAAGGAAGCAGAACAAAUGAAUUGGUAAAUCAUUACAUUAAAACCAUCCUUUUCAGCUAAGUAUAAUAUAAGAAUAUUUUAUUAGUAUAUUGUAUUUCUUCUAUUUCUUAUUUAAAGCCUAUUUCCUGGGUUUUCCCCAAUCAUGAGAUGUAUUAGUGACAAAAUAUUACAGAACAGAAGUAUCAGUCACUUAUAAACCUAGUAUAAUUCUAAUGCUAGUAAACAUGUAAUUUAGCAUGGUCCUGAAAAAACAAUAGUCUUUGAUUGAAGCUCUACUAAAGCCUACGAAAGUAUUUAACACACACACUGUUCAUGUUAUCAUGACCUAUAAACACUAAUGUCUGAUCAGUUAAUCAAACUGUUACUAUUUAGCACUCUACCAUUUUAAUGAAAUUUAUUCUUAUUUUAUCAUAGUUUGAGUGAAGUUCCAUAACAUUUGUAAGCCUUCAAACAAAUGGGUUUUUUUUAAAUGUAAAAUCUCUUUAAAAAUCAUUAGCAUUUUAAUUUUGUUUAUAAAUUACCACUCAAAAAAAUCAGACCUCACUACUUAAAGCCUCCAAACAGUUUUUUUAUUAGAAUUGACUAUAUUGACCUGAGAGGGUAUAUAGAAAUUUGUAUACACCCAUUUAAUUGGAACAGUUUCACAUAGUGGGAAUACUUUUCGCUAAUUUGAUAAUAAGAUGCUCAGAUUCACUGAAAUUAAGUCCUCUUAUGCUUAUAAAAUUCUACUUUAAUCCAUUGUGUAACAAUUGUUAAAUCCUUUGGGUUAUUUUAAAUGAUGAACUAUUGGAAAAUUUUCCAUAGAAAGUGAAUAAUGAAUAGAUUUUAUUAAUAAUACCUGUCCAUGUAAUAUGUGGAAUAUAUAUAUAUGUGUGUGUGUGUGUGUGUGUGUGUGUGUGUGUGUGUUAUAUACACAUUUUCCUAUAUUACCCCCAGUUUCUCUUUUCCUGAUUCUGAGCCAGCCUUUUCAUUUUUAUGAUGGCAACCUGGGAAUAUGUUCCAUUUUCUGUGGAAUUUGUCAGAUUCAUACUAUAUGAGGAAAUGAUCUAAUGUGCUCCAGGCAAGUCACUUACAUUACAUGUCAGUCUCUUCAUCUGUAAAAUCAUGAGAUUGAACCUAGAGCUGUACAGAAAAUUAGAGGUCACCUGACAUUCUGUGAUACUAGGAAUCCUUAGGAAGUUUUUACUCUACAGAAUCUCAGAAUGAUUUUUCUCAAAUCUACUACCCUUCAUGGAAAUUCUCACAGUGCCUUGCACACAAUAAAAGUUUUAUUUGCCAACAGGCACCUAGCUGGUAUGUGUUCAUAUCAUACAGACUCAAAGAACCUGAUGCCUGUGAGAUCUCAGCACCUCCCUGGUGAUAAGAAUGAUUGUAGUUUCCCUAGGAACUGAGGACUGAGGUCUAUGGGCUUUACCUAUGUGGAAUCUGACUAUAUAUGCAGUUGGUACCUGAGCAAGAAUUAUGGCUGCAACAGUUGUGGAGGUAUGGUAAGACCCACCUUGACAUUGAGGUGAAAGAGAAUUUUAUAUCCCAUUCAAUAUCUGCUUCAGUGUCUUAAUUAUUUCCAUAUCCUCAAAAACAUCUGUUGGAACAAAUUAAUAUUAGAAAGGAAAGUGAUAUAGAAGUCAAACCCAAGUCACUUCUGGUUUAAUUCUUAGCUCUGCUGCUUAAUUCUUCUGUACCUCAUGUCCUCAUGGUGAAAGUGGGGACAAUAAUCUGGACCUACCUCACAGGGGAAUUGAGGAUUUUUUCAUAUAUAAAUGUGCUUUUGAAAUUGACCGAAGGAUGUAUUGUAUAUCAUGAUUUUGUAAUUUCUAAAUAGAGUCCUUUAAAUCUAUGUUGUUAUGUUUCCUUUCUCAGUCAAACCUUACAGAAUGAGUAUUGCAAUUAAUCUAGUUUUGGUAGUAAUUUUGUUAUUAAUCCCUUACGUGUUAACAUGGAUAAUUGUGUUAUAAUUGUGUUAUAUUGUGUUAUAAUACUUGGUUUAGGGAAGGAAAAGCACAUGGAUGUAAACCAGUGGUUCUCAACGUGGGGCAGAUGAAAAUAGCAGUGGGGUCAUCCUUGAACCUUUUUCAGUAUUUCAAAAAGUAUACUAGAAAUCAUACAUUUACCCAUAACAUUCCUACUGCACAAGCCAACUAAGACAGAAUUUUUACACAUUUUGUUUAUAUUUCUUCAAUUCUAACACUGGUUAUCUAUAUUGAUCAGAAACUGUGAAUGGUGGUUAAGCUUUUAAUUAUUUUUUUAAAUGAGAAAGCCUAUUGUUAUAUGCAAUUUAAUAAAUAAAAUACUUGAAAAUAUGGGGAAAGAAUAAUAAAGGAAUCUUUAUGGCAGAAAUGUUGGGAGCCACUUUCAUAAAGGAACCGAAAUUAUUUGACCUCCACAGGUUGCUUACCUAGUCCCUAAAUAAUGAAAUGCUAAAGUAUGUGUGUGUGUUUUGGCUAGAUUGAGCUAUAUAACUUCAGGUUAGAACUUGCCUUCAGUUUUUUUCUGAUUCAGGAUGAUAUAAUUGAGCUAAUUUAUCUGGGUGUAUAUGUGUAAAUCAUACAUAUACACACAUACAGGAUUGCAAGUGUGAAAAGCAUUAUAAUGUCGUCUUCUAGCAUUGGAGUAAACACCAAUUUCUGAGUCUCAAAGUAGUUCUGUGUGUAAAGUCAACAUGAAGUCAAUUAUUGCCUUAAGCAAUAAUUUCUCAAAUGUUUCUUUUAUUCCUGCUUAUUUUGUUUGCUUUGAUCUUUGCUUAAUUUUUUAAUUUUUCAUUUUAUAGUAAGCAAAUAGUAUGAAAUUGAUUUAAUGCCUGGACUUUGAAACCAGUUACAAAUGUUUGAAAUUAUAUGAUCUACAAGCUAGUUUGCCAUCCUUGAACUAACCAUGUACAAAUGCGAGUCAGCUGCAAAAACAGGAAAUCCUGCUAGAAGGUGGGCACUGAUCAAAAUAUCUGUCUGAAAAACCUAGGAUUUCUACUUUGGGGCAGAGGAUUCCUGUUGAGACAGUUUUACUAGGAAAGGGUAAAAGUGAACAUGUCCAUUUAAGCCAAGAACUUUCAUGCAUCUUUUAUUGUUGUAUAGCCUGUGGAAUGAAUCAUUUUUUCUCCCUUGAGUUCCGGAGUGACUCUCCUGGAAAAACUCAACCUAUAUACAGCUGUGCCAAAAGGAAGGAUACCUGCCUCUCUGAAACUUUCACUGCUGCUUCUGUCGUUGUUCAAUUGUCAGAUAUUAAAUUUUAUUAUCUCAGGAUGCAAAAUUACAAUAAAGUGCAAAUCUGUUAAUGAA